AUGUGGUGGGAGUCCCCACUAACGCACGGGCCAGCCGAUGCUGCGGCUUUGUUGACCGGCGUCGAUCCGGAGACGCUUGUUCACGGCACAUGUGGACCAACACGGAGGGGGCCACCAAUCCAUGAACCCCAACCCAAUCGCAAAAUGGCACCCAUUUCCAUCCCCACCACCGCGCGACUGCCCUCCUCCUUACGCGUCGACCCCUCCAACCCAGCCGUCUUCAAGAUCCUCAAUCGGCUGUCGCGCGCUUCACUCCUCACGCUCGCACUCGACUGGCUUGACGAGCGCAACCUCGCCCUAGCGGCUCCCUACCUCCGCCAACCCUCCUCCUCCGAAUACGAUGACGACGAUAACGAUGACGAAGACGAAUAUGCCGACGACUUCCACCCGCCCGCGCGCUCGCUCGAAGCGUUGCAGGAGCUUUACACAAGUUUACAAUCGCGCAAGGGAUCCAAGAGGGAGGUGAUUGACAGGAUUAUUGAGGGGGACUGGCGCCAUGGUCUGACGCUGUAUCAGCUUGCUAUGGCAGAUAUUCAGUACCUUUAUGAUCACCCGACGUCGCAGAAGUGGGCGGCAUAUCGGAUCAUGCCCUUGAAACCAUUAUCCACGAACGAAGAGGAGGAGAAUCAACAGCCGGAAGUCGAUAAAGAAUCGCUCGUUAUCCCGCGGUUUCACCCUUCUACGUUUCUCAAGAACCUCCAAGCCCAAGUACCGCCGGACGUCAAGGCGCAUUACAACUUUGACCGCCACCGGACUUUACCUCUAUCGAUCCUGCGUAUUUUCAUACUCGACUCCCCUUACAACACCAGCCUCGGUCUCCAGUCCGGCUCCUCCAAAACCAGCCGCAAAGCAGCAACAACCACCUUUGACACCUCCCGCACCGUCUACAUUGCCUUUCCCGACGCCUCUCCCUACAUCUACAUCUCCAAACCUCAACUCCUCUCCGGCUUCGCCCCUGCCGCCGGCCCUUCCUCGGCAGCCACGAAGACCACAGGGAUCAACACCACAGCCGGCGAAGCCAAAUCCCUCCAGCACUUGCUGCUGGUCGGCAUCCCCGCCGCUUUAUCCCGUCCCCGCCAGCGCUUCUGCUUGAAGCCAACCAGCUUAGCGACGCGCAACCUGAAUGAACUCUUGGACCGCCGCGGCGGCGCAAAUACCAGGCAAGGAGCAGCGGGUGGGGGUUGGAGUAUCUACGCUGAUGAGAUGCGCGACAAGGGAAAGGGGAAAAGAGGCAACAGGGAGACGCCGCUUGAUACGGUGCUGCCUUCGCCUCCGCUUUCUGAAGAGGAGGAGGGGGAGGGUGACAAGGAGGAACAAAACGGAGCUGCUGGGAGAAAGAAGAAGAGGUUGGAGCCGCCAUUGUUGUCGCCUGGUGCAAAGAGGGAAGAGAGAGAACAGAAGAGGAGAAAACUUGUGGCUAAAGCGAGGUUUGCCGAGACUGCACGGGUGGGAGACGGGAAAGGUGUGGAGAGGGUGGAUAUUAUUCUCGAAGACGAGUUUCCUUCUUCUUCCAUCCAUUCUUCUUCCUCUACUUCCUCUUCUUCGUCUUCGUCUUCGUCACGAGAUAGAGAAAGAGACAGAGAUAGAGACAGGGACAGGGACAGAGAAAAAGAAAGAGGAAGAGAAAAAGAACGAGACAGAGAACGAGACAAAGAAAGAGACAAAGAUACCCCCGGUGAUAGGAGGUCUGGGUCCAGUAGCUCCAAUGGCACGGCAGCAGAAGCGACAGGGAAAGAAAAAGAUGAAUGGCACCCAAACGUCAAACUAACCUUCCACGGCUCGCACGUUUUUGCGGGCAUCAGGCAGCUAGUAGAGGCUGGGAUUGUCGAUGGAGAGAGAAUGCCGGGGUGGUUGACCGGCGAAGAGGGCGUUACUGUCGGGAAGGUUAGGGAGGGGAGGAUUAGGGGGAAUAAAGGAAGUGGUCUUUGA